UGAAGAAGAACUAAACCUUGAGGAGGUUUAACAACAAGGAGGCUUUAACACUUUCAGCCAUGUCCACCAACAAUCGACACGAGGCUUCGUCAGACCCGCCCUGCAUCUCCCUCCAGCCCGAAGCUGUGGAUGUGUUUUUACGCAACUUUCUCUUUCAGACGGGCAUGACUGAAACACUUGACUGUUUCCAGACAGAGUGGAACGAGCUGCAGCAGAAAGGGCUGCUGGACGCGGAGCAGGUCACGGUGAUCCCGGACAUGUACACUGACAUCCAGCGCCUGGAAAUGAAAGUGAAAAACGCUCAGCGGGAGAGAGACGAGUACAGACGCGACGCCUCUGUGGCCUCCGACACUCUGGCGAAGGCCGAGAAAGCCCGAGACUUUCACCGCAUGCACCAUCAGCGAGUUGUGCAGGAGCGAGAGAAGCUCCUGGUGGAGAGGAGGAGGAUCAAGGCCCAGUGUGACAACGUCAAACCCGCGUUAAGGAGGAUGAAGGAAAAAUGGAACACGCUUGUGAAGCAGACUGCGCUGCUGAACUCAAAGAGGGACAAGGCCUUGGGACAGUCGAGCAGAGCCACGUCUGAUCCCGCGAGGACGCGACAGAACCAGACGGUCAAGCGUCAACACAAACAGUGACCCCAGGCCAGUGACCCAGGCCAGUGACCCCAGACCAGUGACCCCCAUCUCCUGACCAAAACCAAUGAAUGUUAAAUAAUAGAUUAAAAUCUCUUGAUUUCCCGAAACAACUAUAUUACUUGCCUUUGGA